AAAACCGGUCAAUAUCUAACCAGAUUUACGUCAGCGCUUACGUCACAGACCCGGUCUCGCACUUAUUACCGCCAUGCGAGUUACAGAAGGAUUGUACAAGAUUUAUGAAACACUGGAUAACAUUUCGAAUGCAUGUGAAAAUCAAAAGGAAUUUAAAAAUAAAACUUAAAAGAUGGUCAUGGCGGAGAGACCCAAGGGACAAAUACGGGUGGGGUUUUAUGACAUCGAGAAAACGAUAGGAAAAGGAAACUUCGCUGUUGUGAAACUAGGAAGACACAGGAUAACAAAAAGUGAGGUUGCUAUCAAAAUAAUAGAUAAAACACAAUUAAAUGAAGAUAACUUAACCAAAGUAUACAGGGAAGUCCAGAUCCUUAAAAUGGUCAAUCACCAAAAUAUCAUUAAACUCUAUCAGGUUAUGGAAACAAAGAACAUGUUGUAUUUAGUAUCAGAAUAUGCUCCAAAUGGAGAAAUAUUUGAUUUUAUAGCACAACAUGGUCGUUUAUCUGAGCGUGAUGCCAGGAAGAAAUUCUGGCAGAUAAUACUGGCUGUAGACUAUUGUCACACCAGGCAUGUUGUACAUAGAGAUCUUAAGGCAGAGAACUUGCUGCUAGAUGCCAACAUGAAUAUAAAAAUAGCAGAUUUUGGUUUUGGAAAUUUCUACAAAAAGAACGAACAUUUGUCUACAUGGUGUGGCAGUCCGCCAUAUGCUGCUCCUGAAGUAUUCGAAGGGAAGAAAUAUUUAGGACCACAGAUUGAUAUAUGGAGUUUAGGAGUAGUGCUAUAUGUAUUGGUAUGUGGUGCUUUACCAUUUGAUGGUCAAAGUUUACAGAUUUUACGUGAUAGAGUGCUGUCUGGGAGAUUUAGAAUCCCUUAUUUUAUGACUACAGAUUGUGAGAAUUUAAUUAGAAGAAUGUUAGUGCUGGACCCUAACAAAAGAUUUUCUAUUAAUCAAAUUAAAAAGCAUAAAUGGAUGCAGUCUGAGGAAGGACAGCCUAAAUCUACCCCUCCCAGUCCUAUGUUAGGGAUCAAUGCAAAGUUAGGGGAGUUCAACGAACAGAUACUCCGACUUAUGCAGAGUUUAGGUAUUGAUCAACAGAAAACAAAAGAGGCAUUAGAGAAGGACUCUUAUGACCAUUACACAGCAAUAUAUUAUCUUCUUAUGGAUAGAUUAAAACAACAUCGAAGUAGUUUUCCUCCUGAAAACAAAAUAGACGCUCGUCAGAGGCGACCUAGCACUAUUGCAGAACAAGCUAUGUCAAGAGUGGUUCCUUCUAGUCAAACCGGUGUUCAAACAACAGAGACUGAAGCACAAAACACAGCUAGUUCUUGGCGGCCGCAGCCUAAUCCAUAUGAAAAUACUUUUAAUCGUGAAAUGGACGUUCCAACGCCUCACGGUGUAACAGGCUGCAUGGUUGACACAUUACCUCAGCCAUGUGUGAAAUCAUACAUAUCGGGUCACAUGAUAACUACAUCGAUAGAUGAAGGAGUUGAAGCAGACAUUUUAGAGGAUGACGAUGAGUCGAGUAAGGAUCAGUUUGUACCUGAUGGAUUUGGGAUUGGUCUGAUUCCUAGUUCUGCUUACAGUGAUUUGUCUCAGACACCCACGUCUAAUCAAACUAACACUAGUGGAUCUCCGUUUGCAAGUUUUGAUUCCUCUUUAGGAUCGGAUAUUAUGUCUAGUUUACAAUCAUGUGCACAGGCCAGUGGUACUGUUAAACAGGAGAAUGAAUUAUUAAAUGGAAGUGAAGAAGAACAAACUGGAGAAGAUCGUAGUCAAACAAAAUCUCCUGUACACUUUCGUGAAGGUAGGCGAGCUUCUGAUGGACUUGUUGCACAGGGUAUGUUUGCAUUCAGACAGUUAAGACAGGGCAUGCGAGCCCCAGGAAUGGUGGACAUACAACAGGAACAAAUUCAUGUACAGAACAUGUACGAGCAGUACAAUAUCCCGCAAUCUCAGCAAGAACAAUCAAUAGAUGGUGCUAAACCUAGUCAAAUUGUACGGCCCCGUCCACUGAUGAAAAGAAUGAGUCUACCAUCAGAGACAUUUGACAUUCAACCUCAUAGGUUGUUAGCUCUAAAGCAGUCUCUUCAAGUAGAAAGGCAGAUUGACGGGUUCAGUAACAAGCCUUUACAACAACAAUUACUUCAACAUAGAUUUCAACAACAACUUCACUGUCCGUUACAAAAUCAGUUUCAGCAAUUACAGAUUGAUCCUCAGUAUGCACAAGGUGACCAGCAACAAACUCUUACCUACAUGCCUGUAUCUAUGCCUCAGAGGUUGACCACCAGUGAAUUAAAUCAACUAGGUCGACCUCAAGUCAUCAGGAAAAUCUCUUACAAACUUGCACAACAGCAGCCAUUUGAUCCUCCGAGUGAAGAAGUUAAACAGGCAGUGGAGCACAAACUGUCGUUUAGUUCUGCACCUACCUAUCAGACCUCAUCCUGUCCAACUACUCCUAGUCGUAAAAAUGCUUUUAUUCCCCAAGGUGUAGACAUAGCUGUAUUACAACAUCAGUUAUUGAUGCAGCAUGAACAGAACAAACAGUUUAAUGAACAGAAACUUGGGGAUUCUCAGAUGGACUCCUCCUUUGACUCCUCCUCCUCUCAGUAUAAUCCGGCCUAUAAUUAUGCUCCUCAAGGACUAGACUAUCAGAUCACUCCUCAGGAGAAUCAGUCCACCAUGGGAGGUAACUCUGAUCCUAGUCAAAUGGCUUACGUUGAAGAAGACAUGGAUAUGUCCUAGCUUUGUCUCCUCAUUUUGUAAAUGUUCAUUAUUAAAAAAGAUCAGAAAGUAAAAUAAUGAAUUGUUUUCCUAAACCUGCUCCAAAUGUUCAGUUCGACUAUCUUGUACCUAAUUAUUGUUUAACAUAAAUUCUUAUCAUACACAAGCAAUAAUUGCACAAAUAUUUAUAAGAAAAGAAAAUUUAGCUGAUCAUAUGAUUACAUAUUAAUCAAAGAUCUGAAUUUUACAAUGUUCCCUGAAUAUUUGGCCGGACUUUCAUUUUGUCUUAUCAAACCAUGUUUUUCACUGUUGUGAAAUGUCCUCAGAAGGAAAAGGGUAAAGAAUUUUGCUAAACUUGGUCAGGAAAUGGAAAACAAUGAAUGUUUUAUUUAUAGUAAUUUGCCAUUCAAAAUCUUAAUGGUUUGUUGUCAUUAAUCAUUGAUUAUCAUACGAAGUUUUCAUAUUUUUCAAACUCAUGUUGUUAUGGAACCACAAUCAGAUGGAAUUGUUGACAGGAUAUUUUGUAUGAUUUGAAGAGUUAAGACAUUGGUUAAUUAUGUUGACAGUAUGCCUCCUACAAUUAUAAUCCAAUCAAACUUAUUUUUCCACCUCUGAUACAAAUUCAAAUAAGUCCUAGCUAUAAGAAAUCUUUUAUAUUUUUCUGUUAAAUUUCUUUUAAAAUGUGAAGUGUUUUUUCCCUCAAAUUUUUAACUGUCUGCUUUUUAUUUCAAUCAUUAGGGGGUUAUCACUAUUAAAAAAAAAAUGCAUUAAAAGAAGAAUUGAAAGUCCAUUUCUUUUAAUGAGGACAUAUCAUCAUUACAUGUACAAGAAAGUUCUUGCCCCUAAUAUUUGUUAGGUGUUUUGUUUGUGAGGUUUAUUUUUGUUUAAAAAAAACUCGGAAACAAUUGAGGAAAAAAAUGUUUUAAUAUGUCUAAUUGGUGUAAUAUGAAAAUUGAGGAAGGCUUUUGCCAUGUGUAUAGUGAGAAGUUUUAUGAUUGAAUUUGAUUGGUAUUUCUUUUGUAUUUAGAUUUACCAAUUAAAGUUGUAUGAAAUUAUCUUACCUUGUGUCAUGUGACUCCAUGGUAAAUGUUGGUUCUAGUCAUGUCGAACUCAUUGACUGCUCUUAUAGAAAAACUUUGCUAUUUGUUGAAUAUUAUUUUGUUCUAUUUAAUGUUAGUAGUCAUUCCGUGCUAUUUUGUUGUAAUAUUAGUUCUUUAUAUGUUCAUGUGUUUUGUAUAUUUUUGUUAUAAUUUAUGAAUCAAAAGCAUUUUACUUAAUUGUAUUUUUGUAAUGAUUUUGGCUCUUUAUUCUGUUGCUGUUGAACAGAAUGAGAAAUUUAUGUAUAAUUGAAUUUUUGCAUGGUCAAUAGGAACUUUAAAAGAUUUAAGACAGAUAUAGUAAGAAAAUGUUUUUCCUUAUUAGAAUUCUGUAUUAAACGAUUAUUCAUUUUAAUAUUUAAUUUUAAUCUAAAAUUUGUCUUUUUUUUUUAUUCAUAUACCAUUUUUGGCAAUAAAAAGGUUUUAACCUAGGGAUUGUUAAAGUCUGAAAAUUUUUAACGUUUUUUGAGAAAUAUGCAUGUUACUGUACUGCUUUUAUGUUCUUUAAGAGAUAUAAAAUGGCUCACUUUUGUAAAAAUUUUAAAAGGAUCUUUUUUAGUAUGAAAUUCUGACAUAUAUUGGCUGUUGAUGCACAUUGUUGUUUUGUUAUAGUUAUCCAUGAUGUGCAAAAUGUCAUGGAAUUGUAAGGACAUGUAUAUAUGACAACAAUAAAAACAAUGAGUUUCAUUAAGCAAUUCAAGGUACAAGUUUUCGAUUGGUUUGUUAAACAAAAAAAACUAUCACGGAAAAAUAGUGAAACACUUUACCCUCUGUGAAGUUAAAUGAAUUGGAAAAAAAAAAAAUGAGUUUUAACUAUAAGGAAGAGAAAAAUGUGGCAUCACAAAGCUGUUAAAAACUGGCAUUAAAUUAUUAAAUGAAUUUUGCUUCUGAAGUUAAAAUCCAUAUCAUUUUCUCUUAACUUAAAAAAAAAGGACAUUUUCUCUAAAUUUUUGCGCAAAUGUUGAACAUAGAUCCCAAAGUAAAAUCUGUAAUGAUGACUCUGACAUCCUCCUUUAGGUCUAUAUAUAUGAGGAAUAUGCAAAUGAACUAGACAAUUCUAAAGUGGUUAUAUAUCUAUCAAUAAUAAAAAAAAAAUAUUUAAAUAAGUAUAGCAAAAUGUAUUUAGUUUUUAAAUAUUGAUGCAUUUAAAUGCCAUACACACAUGUAUGUAUUGAAGGCAGUUUUAAAAAAUUUCUAUUUUGCAAAUAUUAUUAAUAUCAGUUAUUGAACCAUUGUUAUGUUUGUGUCUAAAGUAUUUAAACUGAUAUUAAAUUUCCUGUCUGGUGAUAAAAGGGAAGUAAUACCUUAAAACAAAUACAUUACUUUUGGUUCAAUUUUUCAUUUUACAGGAUGAUUGCCUUUCAGAAAAAAAUGUUUGCAUAUUAAUGUAAAAAGUUUGUAAAUUAUUUUGUAGCCAUUCCAUUAUUUAUUGAAGUUUCAUCAGGGACAAAAAAAGGAAAUAUUUAACAGCUUUCUAUGUGUAUAUAACAAAGAAUAUACACACUCAAUAAUACACCAGUAUUGUUUUUAAAGUGCCUAAAUGGUGUGACCCUGAGAUAGCCACAUUUUUAUCUUUGAAUGCAUGUUAAAAACAGAAUGAUAAUACAAAUAUAUUUUUAAAUCUAUACCAUACAACUUUUAUUCUCAUCCCUGUGUUAAAAUGUACUUUAAGCAACAGCUGAGAGAACAGGCUGAUGCUGAUUAAAAUUUCUAUAAGAGUAAAAUUUCUGAAAAAUUAGUUAAGUAAUUGAUUUAAAACUGAGUCUUUAUUUAAAUUAACAUUAUUGUUGCAGAAAAAUAAAUGGAAUUUUAAUCAUGAGACUAACUCAAAUGUAUCAACUGGCAUUAAAAUCAGAAAAUUUAAUAUACCUUCCUGGUCUUGUACUAUAGUUAAUUGUUUAACGGUUUAAGCAUUAUUACGAUGUUUGGUUUUUGAAUUGGUCUGCACUUAAAUUGUAUAGAUAAAAACCUGUAAUAACCACUUAUUUCUCUACUCUUGUUUGUAUGAAUUGUGUGAUUGAAGGGGUUAAAUUGGUGCAUAUUCAUUUUAGUGUGUUACAAGAUUGAUAUUUGCUAUAUGUUAUUCUUUGAUAGUUUCUUUCACAGCUUUAACCUUUAAUUACUGAAUUUAUAACGUAGUUAUACCUCUAACAUUUUAUGAUCCAUUUUGCAGCAAAUUUAAGUUGAUUUCAUUUAAUUUUGUUUGUUUUUAGAUUCGGUUCCUUGAUGAAUAUUUUAUACCUGUUUUACUCAAAUAACUCUUUCAAUUCGAUGGUGGAUAUUUUUCCAGUUUUUAUGGAGAAAAGUGUUGAGUCAAAUUUUUGAAGUAUUUUAAGUAUAACAGAAUGACUUUUUAUGGAGGAUAUAAGCAAAAGGGAAUCAUACAUAUAAACAUAUUAAUAUCUUGGUUCCAAUAGUAGUACAAUGAUAAUCAUAAUAUGUUGUGUUGCUUUAGAGGGGUUGUAUCCCCUUAAAUGUAAAUUUAUUAUUGUUGAUGCACAAAAUUAUGGCAAAUAAAUUUAUCAUGCAAUGUAUUGUUGCAGGAAUAAAAUGUUGAAUAUA